AUUGGAGGUACUUCAUGACACACACUCGGAGGAAGUCCCUUCCCAUGCUGAGUUCGGGCCCCAUUGGCCGCCGGGAGCCCCUGCAAAUGGAAGGCAGCAAUAUGGAGCAGGGGGCGGAGGGUAUGGACCCAGGCAUGCCUGAGAGCCCAGGGCACCUCACAGGGCGCCGCAAGAACUACCCACUGCGUAAGCGUCCCUUGGUUCCUGAGAAGCCCAAGGCCUGCAAAGUGCUGCUGACUCGCCUAGAAAAUGUGGCUGAUCCACGGAGUGCAGAUGAGGCUGAUGAGCUGCCCCCUGACCUUCCCAAGCCCCCCAGCCCGGAUCCAUCCAGUGAGGACACUGGCCUCACCCAGCCCCGCAAGCGGCGCUUGGCCUCCCUCAAUGCCGAGGCCCUGAAUAACCUGCUGCUGGAGCGGGAGGACACCAGCAGCCUGGCGGGCAGCCGCCGAAGUCGAGGCGGAGACCACCACCACAGUCGGGACCGUGACAGGGCCACUGGAGGCUGGUCUUCCUCCAAGAAGCGGCCACGACUGGAGGACCGCGGAGGAGAAAGUCGGGAUCUGUCCCCAGAGCCAGCACCGGAUGAAGGUGCCCGCCGAGAUGGUGACCUAGCUCCCAAGAGACUGGCCAGCCUGAAUGCAGCUGCCUUCCUAAAGCUGAGCCAGGAGCGGGAGCUACCCCUGCGGCCACCUCGUGCCCACACAGAAGCAGACAGGCGCUCCACUGAGCCACCAGCACUGAAGGCUCUGAGGCCAAAGUGGGCCAAAGUCAAUGGCAAGAACUAUCCCAAGGCCCAGCAGGGGGUUGGCUCUGGGGAGGCUGCAAGCCCACCCAGCUGGCAAGGGUGCCCUGAGGAGCCAUGGUUAUCUGCAACCCCUCAUGGACCAUCCAACCAGCUACCUUACCAGCCCCUGAGCAAGGCUCUGGAGAGCCCCUUAGGGCUGCGCCCCCACUUGCCCCUGCUGAUGGGUGGACAGGCAGCCCUGAAGCCAGAGCCUGGGCGCCCAGGAGAGGAGUCACCUGCUCCCAAGCAGGAACUGCACCAGCCCUCUUUCCCUACACCCCAGCUGUCCCUCCUGCCUAUGCCUGGCAACCCCGCCGACUACAGUGGGCUGUGUGGUCGGCCUGAGCUCACUGCGCUAGGCAGCUUCUACCUGUAUUGCAGCCAAGAUGGGCUACAGUGUGGGGGCUACUCCCCAUGCCCCAUGCUCCCCGAGGGCAAGCUGUCCCCUGUGGCUGCACCUACCGAGGGGCCCCUCGUGGCCCCGAGCUCAGUGCCUGCGGGCACACCUUUCCUGCACCCUCCCUGGGGCUCUCACUACUGUUCCAGUGAGGAUGCUGAAGUGAAUGGCUAUAGCAUCUGUGAAAUGUUGCCCCCUUCUCUUACCCACAUUGGCACUACCUGUGGCGGCUGUUCCUACAAAAUGCCUUUUGCAGCAGAAGGCUGCAGGUCCCUGGGCCAGCUGGAAUUUCCUCUUCCAGAAGCUGGCCACCCAGCCUCACCUGCCCACCCCCUCCUGGGAUGCCCUGUGCCCAGCGUGCCACCUGCAGCAGAGCCCGUCCCUCAUCUUCAGACACCCACCUCAGAGCCUCAGACAGUAGCCCGUGCAUGCCCUCAGAGCGCCAAGCCUCCUAGUGGCUCCAAGUCAGGUUUACGCACAGGCUCCAGCUGUAGGCACACUGUGAGGAGCAAGGCUGCCCGCAGGCCCAGCCACCCCAAGCAACCACGUGUCCAGCGCCCACGCCCACGCCGCCAUCGCCGCCGCCGCACUAACGGCUGGGUACCUGUUGGGGCUGCCUGUGAGAAGGCGGUCUAUGUCUUGGAUGAACCAGAACCAGCCAUUCGAAAGAGCUACCAAGCGGUGGAGCGACAUGGAGAGACCAUUCGAGUCCGGGAUACUGUCCUCCUCAAGUCAGGCCCACGAAAGACGUCUACACCUUAUGUGGCCAAGAUCUCUGCCCUCUGGGAGAACCCUGAAUCAGGAGAGCUGAUGAUGAGCCUCCUGUGGUAUUACAGACCAGAGCACUUACAGGGAGGCCGCAGUCCCAGCAUGCACGAGCCUUUGCAGAAUGAAGUCUUUGCAUCGAGACAUCAGGACCAGAACAGUGUGGCCUGCAUCGAGGAAAAGUGCUAUGUGCUGACCUUUGCAGAGUACUGCAGAUUCUGUGCCAUGGCCAAGCGCAGAGGCGAGGGUCUACCCAGCCGAAAGACAGCACUGGUGCCCCCCUCUGCAGACUACUCCACUCCGCCACACCGCACAGUACCCGAGGACACGGACCCUGAGCUGGUGUUUCUUUGCCGCCACGUCUAUGACUUCCGCCAUGGCCGCAUCCUCAAAAACCCCCAGUAGCCUCCUCCUGCCCAUGGGCAAGUGGGGCUCGGGCCAGGGGGCAUUGCUUGAAGCACAGCACUUGGUUAAGGGGCCACAGGGACCCGAGGUUGCUGGCCUGUGGUUCUCUUGGGGGGAGGGCAAGGGCCCCUGUGGGUUCUGGGUCUUAUGGGAGGGAAGGGGUAUAAGAAAAGCAUCAGAGCCCACAGCUUGGUCCAGGGUACCUCUCUGUGGUCCCUGGGCAGAGACUCCUGAAGAAGGCAGUCUUCCCUGAGGCUGGGCCAGGCUUGAGGGGCAUGGGACCCUGGGGGGAGGAGGAGGUCCUUCAGGAACCAGGCCCAACAGGCCAUUCUUUAUCCUCCUCUGGGCCCUUCAAGGGAUAGUGGGAGCCAGCUUUACCUCACCCACUGUGACCUGCUGCUUCCCCAUCAGCCUGGGACCAGCCUCUUUCAGAUUCUAGCACUGCUCCCAGCUCAUUCCUUUGAGGCAUAGAGAGCCAGAGUCUGGCUUCCAGAGCAUUGACUUCCUCUUCCUGGAUUCAGGGCCUUUCCCUGGCUUUCCUCCUUUGCCCCUGCAAUAGCCCCUGGUGCUGGGACAAGUUACCUGGCCCUCAGAGUCAUGGGUGUCAGCUUCCUGUUUGCCACCCAGCAGGUCUGGCUUCCCUGAAGUUAACUGAUCAACAUGGGGUUUUUCAUGUCUGGGAGGGCAAAAGGGAGCUAGGAGGGGGUGGGGGACAGGGGCAAGGAAAAUUGCUACCUGAUUUAUUGAAGACUUUUCCUCAUGCCUUACACUUGGAGGUUCUAGGAAACCUCUUGCAGAACUUCACACAUGACUCUUCAAGCUACACCCACCUGAAAUCAAACCUGCCUUUAUUACAAUAUGUUGUCAUGAGUCCAUUUGUGUUGUCCCACAGCAUAGCAGAUCCAGCCCCAGGGACAGCCCCAUAAGGCAGCAAGCAGGGCUGGGACCCCAGAAUCUGGUAAGGCAUGAGGUGGCACUGGGCUGAGAGGUGGUUUGGGGCCUGGGGAAGGCUGUUCUCUCUGGCCCAGCUGCAGCCCACAGUCUGGGUGAGGGCUCAGAAUGGCCUGGAGCUCCUGAGCCUUAUCGCCAGGCGGUGAGCCCAGUGGAGUGGAAGCUGUCAGUGUGCUGUUGGGCCAAGAAUGUCAGGAGCAGCAGCAUUGCAGCCUUGGUGUCUGGUGGGAUCUUGUCAUCAGCCUGAAUGAGGCUACAGAUGUGCAGGAGCCCAGGAGCCACAUCUACAACCUGGUCAGGGCUGCUCUGGUAUAGGAAGCUGAAGCGGUGCCCUAUGGUGACCCACCCCUCCAAGUCCUCCUUCAGUGGGGCUCUGGCUUUCUUGUGGGACUGGCCAUCAGUAGAUGGGUGAGUGCCCCACAGAUAACAUGGACAUGAUCGCAAUGCUCCCAUGCCAGGAGGGUCAACAGGAGGCCCACCAGCUUGGGGAAGUAUUCCUGGGCAGGGCAGCCCCUGUGAUCAGCCAGCACACCCAGCCCGAAGAUGGCAUUGCUCUACACUUGGGAGUCUGCCUCCCAGGCAGCGCUCAGCAGGAUGGGGAACAGGUGGGACACAAACUGGUCUGAGGCAGCACCCAGGCCCUUAAUAGACUCCCCACUGCAAAGGACUUAUCUGCCACUGUGCAGCCCUGUUUCGUCUUGCAGAGCAAUAAUGGCAAAGACCCAGCAAAGAAGGGGGCAAAAGCGUCUUCCCCAGCCGCAGCUGCCAGGGCAGGAAUGGCCUCACCAGCGUCAUUUUCAGCCUGGUCCUCGUCCUCAUCAGUGCCCUGACAGGCUGUCUUCCUCUGCAGCAUGGCCUUGAGCGUGUUGCAGAGCUCACUGAAGCGCCCAGGGCGCUGCAAUGUGAGGGUCCCAGAGCUGCGCAGCACCCGUCAGGGCCUCCAGCACGGCCAUCAGCACUGUCACCAUUUGGCACUCCCACUCCCCGUAUACUGCCUGCAUGUAGGACAGUACCACCUCGGCCAGGGUGGCCUGCAGAGCAGCAGUGUUGGGUUCUAAGGGGCAGCUUUGACAGGCCUUGUGCAGUGCACAGCAGAACUGACCCAGAGCCUCAUGGGCUGCCUUGCACACACUCAGGUGAGGGCUUCAGAGCUUUGAAUACUUCUUCAAAGAUACUCUCCAUGUAGGGAAGGGAGGCCACGCUGGUGUUCCCCUUGUCCUGCCACCCCUCACCCUAGUCUUUUGUAGAUUGCACUAAUUUACAUCCCAGUGAAAAAAAAACACUGAAUCAGUCCACAGACCUGCUGAGCUGCAGCCACUCACUCUAGGAACUAAAGACCCCAUUUUGUUCUUGUUGCCCAGGGGCCCUGCUCUCAGACUGCUCCCCAGAGUAGAUUAGGAGACUCAGCCCCCUGUUGUCAUUUCCAGAGCUAGGCCCUACCAUGAAGUUCUCUAUGGGAGGGCUGGAGCAGCCUGGUUCUUCCCUGUUUGUACCAAAGAGGAGCAUGUGGGGAGGGAGAAGAGCCCUGUGUGGCUUGGACCUGGUGCUGGGAGCCUGCUUGUGAGCACAUCCCUGGGGGCAGGAGCCAAGGAGGGCAGCCCUGGGUCCUUUACCCCCACAGGGGCAGACACGGACCCAGCAGGCUGAGUAGGUGGCAUUGGGAGGUGGGGGGGUCAGGCCAGGUCUGUAGGAGAUGGAAGUGAAUCCUGAGGGCACUCCCAGCAGCCCUGACCCUAUGUUCUUCCUGAGAAAACUGGGCUGCUCCUGCUUGGUCAUUGAGGUGGGGGAGGCCUGGAUGUUUGAGGUGAAUUUACACAGGAAAAGCCCAAUCCCAAGCCUGAAGAGAAGGAACUCAGGUUCCCUUGAAUGGAAUAAGCUGUUUGGAGGAAGGCAUCGGUCUAGGAGGGCUGUGCAGUAGGAGAGGUUGGCAGAGUAGGGGCUCUGAAGAGCCAGUCUUGGAGCCUGCUGAUUCCCAGGGUGCUGGGCCCUUGCCACCUAGGAGCCCAGCCCGACCCAGCAGGAGAAAUCAAGGCCCUUCCUCCCAGGGUCUGCUACCCAGAACUUAAAUGCUUUUGAAAUCUCUUAGAUGUGGAAAUAUUUUUUCGAACCUGAAAAUGCAGCUGGUAGAAUUUCAAUGGAGCAUAAUUCAUGUAAAAUAUAUUUUAGUUGAUAAUUUUGUAAAAUGCACUUUUUGUGUGUGUCGACCCUGGUUUCUCAGAUCUGUAUUUCAGUGUUUACAAGGGAGGGAGGAUCUUUCCUCACCUCCCUUUUGACAGAGAUUAGAAGUACUUUAAGAAAAAUAAAUUUGAGAAAUUGUAUUGAUUUAGAAAAGGAUCA